AUGGCCGGACAUGGUGACCUACAAGAGCUGCUCCGCAUUUUCACGUCGCGCCGCGUGCCGAUGAUGACGGCGAUGAAGCACGUCCAAGCUCUGCAGCUCAAGAGCCUCAAAAGCAUCGAACAGAUCGCCGCCUCGCCGCUGGCAGACGUGGAGACAGCGCUGGGCGGCGACGCCAAGCUAGCCAAGAGCGUGCACACGGCAUGCAAGACGCGCGGGAGGUCUUCGAGGAAGCGGCCGGCAGAUGACGGGCCGGGGUCGUCGCAGGGCCCGUCGACGUCGGGUGGUAAGCACCCCAGGCUGGAGCUGCACAGGCGCAACCUAGACUUCGAGUCCAUGUCGGCCGACGAGCUGGAGGAGUCGCUGGCCUUGCCGCCGGCCGAGGAGGACGAGGGGCUGAUCCGGGCGACGAGCGUGGUGACGAACCGGGCGCCCCUGCUGCUGGCCUUUGCCGUGGAGCUGAUGCGCUUCACCAUGCCGGAGCAGCCGCCCAGCAGCCGUCUCAGCCUGGGCCAGGCGGUCGUGAGUGCGAAUUCACGGUCCAAGGCUGUCAGUCUGGGGAUGGACAAGUCUGCGACGGGGGCGGCGAGGUCGUUAUCGGAGGGUCAGCCUAGGGUUCGGAUCAUGAGUAGGGAGGUUGCCGUCCUCAAGCGCGGGGGGUAUACGUGGUCCGGUGGACCUCGGCAGCAGCAGCAGCAGCAGCAGCAGCAGCAGCAUCAGCAUGAGGAAGAGGAGGAGACCCGUAAACAGGCAAACGCAGCACCGCAGCAGCAGCAGCAGCAGCAGCAGCAGCAGAUAUGGAAGGCUAGCGGUAAGGUGCUGUCCCGGGGAUCGACAUUCAUAGCGCACACUGCGCAGCUGACGUCUGCGGGGGCGCGGCCGGAGCUGAUGAGGACGCUGAUGGCGCGGAAGCCGGAGAUGGAGACGGCAUCCCACAACGCCUGGGCGGUGCGCACGCGGUACGGGAACUCCCCCCUGGUUCAGGAGGCGUCGUCCGACGACGGCGAGAGCGGGUGCGGCAAGUUCCUGCUGGAGCUGAUGCGCGAGGCCGACGUGGCCAACAUGCUCGUCGUGCUGACGCGGUGGUACGGCGGUGUCAUGCUGGGCCCCGACAGGUGGCGUCUGAUGAGGGAGUGCGUGAUCGAGGCGCUGGCCGCUCAGCGUCGCACGGCCGGGACGCUCUCCGGGGACGAGGCAGUAUGGGCGCUGCUGGACCGGGGCGAAGACGGCAACGGGGGUUCCCCCGCCGGCGCCCCAGCCAUGGCGGGUAUGGCCAUACACCGACCCGAAGGAGCGAGAAACUAUCUCCUACGGUCGUUUGCCACGGCUACGGCUACGGAAGCGGCGGCAUCAACAUCACCAUCAUCCGGCGAGGGUGACGUCGAGAAGGGUAGCACCAGCAAGGCGAUGACGACGACGAAGACGGCAGCGGCCGCCGACGAAGAGAAGCAGGUCAACCUGGCGAGGGUGACGGGGGCACUGCGCAUGCUCUUCUCCAGCUGGGCCGGGGUUCUGGGGCCGGGAGAGCUCGACAGGAGGGCCUGGUCGUGGUACGUCGCCGUCAGGCCCGACGUAGAUGCUGGUCCGGCCGGAUGGGGUGCCAAGGGGACGUUGAAGCUGGGUAAGAUCCUCGAUCUGCGACGGCCUGCAAAGAGCGGCGGCGAGUGA